UGUAGUCUAAUUCUAUAGAAUCACUCUUUUCCACUCUUUUAAUACCCUUAGAGUUAGACUAUUAUCCUCUAUAGUGAUUCUCAAAUCACAACUUAUUAUUAAUUGUCGUUGCAUUAAAGAAAUGGCAUCGAGUUCAAUGUCAUCCACUGGCUCAUGGAGUGCUAAGGACAAUAAAGCCUUUGAAAGGGCUUUAGCUGUUUAUGACAAGGACACCCCUGACCGUUGGCACAAUGUUGCUAAGGCUGUUGGAGGGAAGACUCCAGAGGAAGUGAAGAGGCACUAUGAGCUCCUACUCAGGGAUGUUAGGCACAUUGAAUCAGGUCAAGUUCCAUUCCCAAAUUACAAGCAAAGUGGAGGGUCUGAAGAGGAGAAAAGGCUGAGAAACAUGAAGCUCCAGUGAACAAGAAGCAUCAACAACAAACAAUUUUUUAUUUUCAUCAUCAGCAACUUUUCUAGAAUCCUAGUGUUACGUAAUAUGUUGUGCUAGUGACGUAGUACUAGUGUAGUGAUUAGACUAUUAUUCAUAAAAAUCAUAUCCAAUGAUUCCAUAUUGUAUUGUUGUUGAAGUUGCCUUGAAGAAUCAACGACUCUGUUCAA